UGGUUGGCCUUAGCGUAUGUUGUUGAAUUGGAACCGGGAGAUUCAGAGAGUUUGGCGUGAAAAGCUUAAAUAUUUCACACUAUUAUUAGUUAAACUCUAUUCUCUUUAAAUAUUUAUAAAAGCAGUAAUAUCUCAUCUGGCAGUAUGGUGUCGGUAAAACGUGAGAGGCAAAUUGACGUAGAAGAAGAGGAUGAGGUACCGAAGAAAAUGGGUCGAUCCCAGAAUGAGGACGACCACAGAAGCCGCCAUUGUCCUUACUUGGACACAAUAAAUAGGAGCGUGCUGGAUUUCGACUUUGAGAAGCUAUGCUCCAUCUCCCUCUCACACAUCAACGUCUAUGCCUGUCUGAUCUGCGGGAAGUACUUCCAAGGUCGAGGGCUGAAGUCGCAUGCUUACACGCACAGUGUGCAGUUUGCCCACCAUGUCUUCCUGAACCUUCACACACUGAAGUUCUACUGCCUGCCCGACAACUACGAGAUCAUUGACUCCUCGCUGGAGGACAUCACGUACGUGCUGAAGCCCACCUUCACCAGCCAGCACAUCGCGAGCCUGGACAAGCAGGGCAAGCUGUACAGGGCUUAUGAUGGCACCACCUACCUGCCCGGAAUUGUGGGCCUCAACAAUAUAAAGGCCAAUGACUACACCAAUGUGGUUCUGCAGGCAUUGUCUAAUGUGCCCCCGCUGCGGAACUACUUCCUGGAGGAGGAGAACUACCGGGGAAUCCGGCGACCGCCGGGCGAUAUCAUGUUCCUGCUGGUGCAGCGAUUCGGCGAGCUGAUGCGCAAGCUGUGGAACCCCCGCAACUUCAAGGCGCAUGUGUCACCCCAUGAGAUGCUGCAAGCUGUGGUGCUGUGCAGCAAGAAGACCUUUCAGAUCACCAAGCAGGGGGAUGCUGUGGACUUCCUGUCCUGGUUCCUGAAUGCCUUACAUGGGGCUCUGGGAGGCACCAAGAAGAAGCCCUCAAUCGUCACCGAGGUGUUUCAGGGCUCCAUGCGCAUCUUCUCAAAGAAGCUGCCCCACCCAGACUUGCCAGUGGAGGAAAAGGAGGCCAUGCUCAUCAGGGAGGAGUACCAGGAGAAGAUGUCUGAGUCGCCCUUCCUGUACCUUACACUGGACCUCCCCACUGCCCCCCUCUACAAGGACGAGAAGGAACAGCUGAUCAUCCCCCAGGUUCCCCUCUUCACCAUCCUGGCUAAGUUCAACGGCAUCAUGGAGAAGGAGUACAAAACAUACAAGGAAAACUUCCUUAAGCGUUUCCAGCUGACCAAACUGCCACCCUACCUCAUCUUCUGCAUCAAGAGAUUCACCAAGAAUAACUUCUUUGUGGAGAAGAACCCCACCAUCGUUAACUUCCCUGUCACGAACGUGGACCUGCGUGAGUACCUGACCGAAGAGGCUCAGGCCACCGCCAGGAGCACCACCUAUGACCUGGUGGCCAACGUGGUGCAUGAUGGGAAGCCGUCCGAAGGGGCCUACAGGAUUCAUGUGCUGCACCAUGGCACCGGGAAGUGGUACGAGCUCCAAGACCUGCAGGUGAUGGACAUCCUACCGCAGAUGAUCACACUGUCGGAGGCGUACAUCCAGAUUUGGAAGAUGAGAGACCCGGAGGACGACGCUGCUAACCGCACAGGGGCCUGAUGCCUCUCUGGAGGGAGGGGGAGUGAAGCCUGGGACCUUCCUUCAUGAGAGGGAGUUUCCCCAUCUCUCUUGCACGAGGAGCUAAAUGUGUUCUCUACAGUCUUGGA